AUGGCAGCUGUACUUUCUCAACCGACUGCUGGCAGUUUGCUGGGCCGUCGCCGUGUUAGCAAUCCACAAUACAGCCCCAGCAUGGUAUCAUAUAUGCCGACCUACGACAUGAGCCUCAAGAACUCAAUGGCACAGCAACAUCAAGGCCAACCUCCUAUGUCUACCUCUCACUUCAUUCCCAUUCAAACUGGCCCAGAAAUGGAUGCAAUGAUGGACAUUAAUGCAUACUCACAACCAAGCAUGGUCUCAAAUCCCAUGGCAUACCACAACACAAUGCCCAUGGAUCACUCAUACACAAAUUACCAUAUGGCUAACACUUUUAAUGGAGGCAUGCCGGUCAUGCCCCUUGAGCCAAUGCCCCAAUGGCAAACAUACGACCACAUGUCCAUGCAACAGCCCCCUCUCUUGUCUCACAUGAGAAGUGAGAGCCAGUCAAGUAUUGAAAGCUGCCCUCCCUUGAUCAAGUCUGAGGACGAGCAAUCACCCAUUCUUCCCAGUCAAGUUUUCUUCAACACUCCUGCAUACUCCUCUGUACAAACCGACAACUCCAGCUCAGCCGGCUCAGACGACAUUCCUACCACAGCCUCCUCAACCGACAUCGACGCGUUAAUGAAAGCUAUCCAAUCAAAGGUCACCAACGGAUCAGAGCAAACAAACAAGCCAGUACUUCGCGAACAGCAGCAGGCAGAGGCUUCAAGCCCGUCGAAGCCUAGAAAGAGAUACCAAUGUUCGAUGCCGGACUGCAACAAGUCCUUCUACCAGAAGACACACCUCGAGAUUCACACACGAGCACACACUGGCGUCAAGCCUUUCGUUUGCAAAGAGCCUAGCUGCGGCCAGCGUUUCUCGCAACUCGGAAACCUCAAGACACAUGAGCGUCGUCAUACCGGCGAGCGCCCGUAUAGCUGCGAGCUCUGCGGCAAGACAUUUGCUCAACGCGGCAACGUAAGAGCACACAAGAUUGUCCACACAGCAGCAAAGCCGUUCACAUGCCGUCUUGAUGAGUGCAACAAGCAGUUCACUCAACUCGGCAACCUGAAGAGUCAUCAGAACAAGUUCCACCAAGAAACCAUCCGCAGACUCCGACAGACUUUUGAGAACCUUCACGAGGGCGACCACGUCAACUCGUGGGAAAAGGCCAUGUGGGACUACUUUACUGGUCUCUACAAGAACUGCAACAAGGGUAUCAAGGGCAGAGGCAAGGAUCGUCGCAUCAGCACCACCGGUCUUGGUAUCAAGUACGAAGACGAAGACCUCGAUCACCGACGCAACAGUUAUGCAAGCAUCAGCUCAGUAUCAAGCGGAUACAGCAUGGCAAACGGCAUGGAGCACCUGAACAUGGGUGUCUCAUCGUCAAUGCCCGAGCAACCAACAUUUAGCUCGCCUGUCUACAUGGUCCCGCAGGAGCAUCGCGCAUCCUUCUGA